AUGCUUUCGUCCCCAGCGACAACUUCCAAGCCGGCAGUCGCUGCGACGCGCUGUUAUGUAUUAUUUAUGCAUCGCUCAGUGACGGCAGUGGUCUACUGUGACAGCACCUUGACACUAUAUCUUCUUGUCUCCAUACACAAACCGCUGCCGCUACCCACUGUCUAUCGAAAGCUGUCGUCACUAUAUGGCUAA